AUGAAGUUCCGUAACUCACUUCUGAUUUUUCUCUCUGGCUUGUUGUCGCAAGCCGGCACCGUGCUUUCGGAGGACCCUCCUCUACCUCCAUGGUACCCGCUGAAGCCAUGGGAGAUCAGCUCGCUCCGCGCGCAUAAUCCCCGUAAUGGACCAUACGGCACCAACGCCACUGGCCUAGAAAUCACAAUCUCGAAUCCCUACUAUAUCGCCGCCGGCCCUGCGCCUCAUGCAUCAGGUGGCGGCUACAUCCAAUUUGAGAAAAGCGUGGCCAACUGCGAUGUGCAUUGGAAGGUAGACGACCGGACGCCAUACGGACAUCUCCAGGACACAUGCGCGGCGGAAGCGUCCGGGUCGACGCAAGCACAGUGGAAUAUAACGAUCAACGAGAUCCAGGAUAUAGGAGAGCACUACAUUAGUCUUUCUUUCUCGUUGACUUAUCAUCUACACGCUUAUGGCAGCGAUUAUUAUAAGAUGAUGUCGGGAUCGAUCUUUGCGCAGGUUGGAGAUAAUUUAGAGGGAGGAUGUGAUGAGAAUGAUUAUUGUUCGUAUACUAUCAAGAAUGGAAGCGCGCCGCUUUUGAUACAACCGACCUUGCAGGAAUGCAGAUAUGCGUGUGGAUAG